CCACAGCCUGCAGCAGCAGCAGAGUCAAAUGGAGGCGGAUAACCCGGAUUCCCGCAAACGGCCGCUUGAAACUCCGGCUGAAGAGGCCGGCUGUACCAAGCGCACCAACACCGGAGGGAAGGACACAGGUGCCCUUGCAGAGCGAUGUGACGUGAGCGGACUGUGAAUUUGCCAGGUGGCAGCGAAACAGAGAAUAGGAGGAAGCGAAAGUAAUGAGGAGACGGAGAGAAAAGAGGAGCCAGAUAGACCCUGAGAGAAAGUGGAGUCUACAGGGAAGCUGAGGCUAUAUAGUGGAGCAUCUCUCUGCUAGAAUCUUCUGGAAGUGGCUUGUUUCAUCAGCAAUAAAUAAAUAAAUAAUAAAGGAAAAAUUUUAGAGUUUGAUCACAUUGAUCAACAUCCAGGAGGGAGAGAGUUCAUUGUGUGCAGGUUUCCUGAAAUGCGCUGUUAAAUGAAGCUGGACUCCCGUGUCCACUAACAGGUACUUGCACACAAGCACACUGCAGUUUUCAACACUCAUUCGGUCACUUAAGAUACCUCUCAGUGUAAGAUUUAUAGGCGUAGUGAUUGGCUUCAUCACCCCCCUCCACCAUUCUGCGGCACUGCCAUUUGCAAUGGUUGAUGAGCCCCUCCGCCCUCUCAAACAUGGCCGUCUCAGGGAUUGGGGGUGGGGGAAAAGAGGAAAGGAGGGUGGGUGGCGUAAAGCGCGCCGUCUCCGAUCACUCCUCCUCCAUCGUUUGGCUAUGUUCUCCAUGCACCUCUCUUGCCUCUACUGAAGGUCAUUGUGCGAAGCUCCUCGUCCGGCGCUGCCAUCCGCUCUUUCAGCCACUUCACCUUUGUCACUUUUCUCUGAAAAGAGUGAGUGAAUGGACUGCCGUACUUUAUAGUGCUGCGUCAAAAGAGGCGGAGUAGAGGAGAAAAUUCAAUUUUUUGGGGACCGGCGUCUGGGGGGGUGGGAACGUGACGUCCUGAGGAGAGGAGGCCGGCCAUUGGCUGCGCCGGCUGCCAGUCCUGCGUGCUGCUGCAGACGGACAGGCCACUCGAUGAAUAUGGAUGAGAGCAGUGAAAAGGGUGAUGCGGCAGGGAAGACCCCCCCCCCUUCAAACCGAUGCAGGCUUGAACAAUGCGUGCCGUCUUUCACUGAAAACACUCAGAGCCUGCAUUAGCAUUUUCUCAGACAAUUGAGGCUCGGGCCAGCUGCAGGCAUGGCUCGGAUGCUGCGGUGAAAUCUCUUUUUCUGCACCCCACUGAUGAAUAAGACCUCGGUGAAAAAAAAGGUCGACUGGCCGCAUUCCUCAACACUAUCGUUGCACCUAUGCCUAGGCUAAUGUCAGGAGCCCCUUUAGAGAUUGCGCCCCGGCAUUGAUGGCGAUCUGACAGAGGACUUGAGAAGCAGCAGAUCUCAGAAUGGAGGAGGGUGAGUACUUCCUGAAGGUGCUGAUCCCCAGCUAUGCAGCCGGCUCUAUAAUUGGCAAGGGUGGCCAGACCAUCGUACAACUGCAGAAAGAGACGGGUGCCACCAUUAAGCUGUCCAAAUCCAAAGACUUCUAUCCUGGAACAACUGAAAGAGUCUGUCUGAUACAGGGUACUGUCGAAGCCCUCAAUAGUGUCCACAACUUCAUUGCGGAGAAAGUCCGCGAGAUGCCCCAGAGUGCCCAGAAACCAGAACCUGUCAGCAUAUUGCAACCACAGACGACGGUUAACCCUGACCGCGUUAAACAGGCCAAAUUGAUUGUACCCAAUAGUACCGCUGGGCUGAUCAUUGGUAAGGGUGGUGCCACAGUGAAAGCGGUGAUGGAGCAGUCGGGAGCUUGGGUGCAGCUCUCUCAGAAGCCGGAGGGCAUCAACUUGCAGGAGCGGGUGGUGACCAUCAGCGGAGAACCAGAACAGAACCGUAAGGCUGUGGAAAUCAUUGUACAGAAAAUCCAGGAGGACCCUCAGAGCAGCAGUUGCCUGAAUAUCAGCUACUCCAACGUCUCGGGCCCAGUGGCCAACUCCAACCCCACUGGCUCCCCUUACGCCAACACAGCCGAGGUGCUGCCCAACGCAGCCGCAGCAGCUGCCACUGCCUCCAGCCUUCUGGGUCAGGCCGGAUUGACAGGAAUGGGUGCCUUCCCUGCCGCCAUGUCCAGUUUCUCUGGCAACGAUCUGCUGGCCAUCACCUCAGCCCUGAAUACACUGGCCAGCUACGGCUACAACACUAACACCCUGGGCCUGGGUCUCAACCCCGCAGCUGCCUCUGGAGUCCUCGCUGCAGUGGCAGCUAGUGCCAACCCAGCUGCUGCUGCUGCAGCUAACCUACUGGCCUCCUACGCUAAUGAUGCCUCCAGCAGUGCUGGCCACCCCGCUACAGGCCUCGGUGGGUUCUCCCUGGGCUCACUAGCAGCUGCUACUGGAGCUUCCAAUGGUUACCUAAAUGCUUCAUCCCCAUUGAUGGCUUCCUCCCUGUUGGCAACAGAAAAGUUGGCAGACGGAGCCAAGGACGUGGUUGAAAUUGCUGUGCCCGAGAAUCUGGUGGGUGCCAUUUUGGGGAAAGGAGGGAAAACACUGGUAGAGUACCAGGAGCUGACAGGAGCCCGCAUCCAGAUCUCCAAAAAAGGAGAGUUCAUUCCAGGUACUCGGAACCGUAAAGUUACAAUAACAGGGUCGCCGGCCGCUACACAAGCAGCGCAGUAUCUGAUCAGCCAGCGGAUCACGUACGAGCAGGGCGUGCGCGCUACCAACCCACAGAAGGUGGGCUAAAACGAAAACGAAGACAAAAGAGGGAAAGGAUGAAGACAGAGAUAGAAAGGAAUUAAGAGAGUCAAGAAGAAUAGAAAAAAAGAAAUGUCCAAAUAUAUGUUCAAUAUUUCAGUAUCAAACGAGAGAAUUACAGAGGGGGCGGGGGAGACAACCAAGAUAAGUGUGUGUGAUUUGUGAGUGUGUUUUUAGGACAGAAGUCCUGAUGUUUUUUAAAAGUUCGUGUCAAGUCCUUUUGACAAUGGUGAUCAGAGUAAGCUGAACUGGUCCACUGCCAAGUUGCAGAUUCAGGAGUGAGGCUGCGGAGUCUCACCCUCCUCUAAAACCUCAUUACUGUUUUCAUUUUGUUCUUUUUUUUUGUUGUUGUUUUUGUUGGAUUUACGUCGGUUUGAGACCUCAGCUCCCGGUGAGCUGAGCGUAUCAGAUGAAGAUCCGGCCAGCUAAUCGAGCUGUUUUAUAAACCUUGCUCUUUGUGCUCAAUGCAGAAGGCAUUGUUAACAGGGGAGAGGUUUUAUGACAAGCACCUGAGCUCAUCUCAGCUAUUUAGGGCAGCAAUCCAAGUAUAAUUUCUUCACAAGCAAACAAAAGCGCAUCUAUGUUGACGUGUGUCGAAUUCUAGCUCAUUUCAUAAUUGAAAUGACAAAAUUUGGGUAUCUUAUAUUUUCAUCCUUUAACUUAUUGACAUAGUCUCAUUCAAACAUAAGUAGAUUAUUUAAACCUGUAAAUGCAGGUUGAUCUGAAUGUAAAAACAAUUUUAGCCUGUUGCUUUUUUUCUUUCCAGGGAUCAAACAUUGUGUUGCAGUGAAAGAAAUGUAUAACUCAAACCCAGUCUGAACUGUGCGCUUGCUGUCUGCAGGUAUAGUUCAGGGGUUGAAGAAACAAUGUGAGAGGACAGAGGAGACACACAGGAAUGUAUAUCCAUAUUUUAACACAGACACACAUAGAGAACGCUCCCACAAACGCACAAACACUAGAACAUCAUUUCAUAUUCAGCCACUGCUACAAACACAAAGAAAUAUGUUGUUGACAAACCCUUUCUUGGUGCUAUAGGCUUAGAUUUGUACCUCCUGUACCGUGGAAUUCAAACGUUUCCACAACUUGAGUUUUUACUUGAUUUGAAGUAGCUGACGUGUCGUCCAGCCAUUGGUAGCCCACUGGAUCUGACCCGGCUUCUCACCUAAUGACAAUUGAUUGAUUUCAGAAUUUUGUGAAUAAAAGCAGUCCGGCUGUUCCAAUAAAAGUCCAUUGUUUUAUAAUAUAAGCCGAACAUCCCGCAGUAGAUAACACCAGACAUACUUUUUUGCCUUAGCCAGACAGUUGUAACACCCAAGAAUUAUCUAAAGGCUCAGACUUCCUGAAAGCAGUGGCAGCUCGCAAAGAGAACAAAAGUACUACAAAAGCAUUUUUGAUAAGAAGAGCUGUAAGAACCUAUUGCUGUGAACAAAGAAACUAUUGCCUUUUCUGUAAGGGUACCAAAUAGUCCAACGUGGAGCAGAAAACUUAGUUUUUGAGUCACUUUUCUGUGAGAAAUGCUUCCUAAUUGACAUGAUGACAAACGAGAAAUUUCUGCAGUUCAUUUAAGCAGAAUAUUAUUGUUCCCAACGUACGUUAAUGCUCGAGUGGAGCAAAUAAUGAAACAUGACAUGUUUUUGGAUUGUUGUCUUUUUUUGCCACUUGUUUGUCUUGACAGUGACAGGCCAAAUGUCUGAAGCACUCCAAGAUUACCUUGCGUCCCCCUGUGUGCUGCUAUCCAUAGCGUUCAUCCUGAGUCUGCUGGCUCUCUAAAGACUGCACUGUGAGGCAUUUAGACCACAAUGUAAAGUGUGUCUGUCCUGCUAAGGGUGUGAAUACAUCUUUAUAUGCACAUUUAUGUCACAAGAUCAAAACCAAUCUGCAGAGCCGGCCCAACGCUCCAAACAUGACCAUCUUUUACGGUUGUCUUUAUAAGGUUAACAUAUCAAGGACAUGUCAAUUUUUUAAAAAAACGUUAGCAUUAAGCCUCCAUCCCAAGUUUUGUUGACAAACCUUCAUCCAAGGACAUAGCAUAAGUAAACUACUUAGAGCUCCAAGGCCAGCAGGGGACCCCAGAGAGCACUUGACUUCCCAAAGCGUCAAAUAUGUCUCAGUGUUUUGAAAGCAUGUUUAUCUUUAACGUUGCUCUGAAGAAUUUGUUUUAAGUAGCAAUUUCUAAGAGUUUUAAAUUCUUUAAAAAUUUUAAUUAAAUAUUGUCUUUAAAAAAUGUAUCUAUUUUUAAGAUCUGACAAAUGUAGUAAUUGAAGUCGUGUAUAGAGAAAUGUUCUUUGUUUGAUUCUAACAGUAGUUGUGGAAUGCAAUUAUUCAAAUUAAUUUGAAGUUUUCUAAUUGAUAUUGAUUCAAUUUUUUUAAUCAGCAAUACUUGGCAAGUUUGUCAAAUAUAAUUAAUUUUGGCUUAUGACUGAAUCAGUGAGUAGAUUUCUACAUGUUUUAAAUGAUCAGGUCAGAUAUAGAUUUGUUUUAUUUGGCUCUGAAGUCUAGGUGUAGGCUGCAAGUUGCACACAACCAAGACCUCCAUCAAUGUUCACCAAGCUCACGCAACAUUUCCUGUUCAUUGACUUUAGACUUAAGGUGCACUACUGCCUCCUACUGGGCUGGAGGGUGUGCAACAGUGUUACCAAUGUGCCAAAAACUUAAGAGAACUUUUAAAUCUGCAAUUAAUGCAUUUGUCAUUUUUUUACCCACAAUUUUAUCUAUAUUUAAUCAGAAUUAAUAUGAUUAAGUGCUAGUCAAUGGUCUUGAUUCUAGUUUUUUGUCUAUUUUUUUCUUUGUCCUGCUUUUGUCUACGCUGGUGCCUAACAGACAAAUAAUGUGAAUAAAGUAUAUAAGUUGAACGUCGAGCAAAACACACUCUGUGAUUAAGAAGUAAUUGUUGUCUUAUUACUAAAGAAUGAACAAGAAAACAAUCAAGCUUGGGCAGUUUAAAGAGGUGUUAUUGGUGCCUUGGUGGAUGGGCUUAACUGGAAUUGGGCCCCAAAUGAAAUUCUGCUUGGGGCCCCAUACGGUCUUGGGCCGGCUCUGCCUGACUGCACCAACAGAGAGGAUUUCUCCACACAUGUAUUUAUUACACCUGCGUCUUUUGACUUUUUCCCUUUACUAAAUUUACCCAUCUACUGACCCAACUAAACCUCCCCGGUCCUCGUCCGUCUACCUCCCUGUUGCUCUAAGGGACAUUUCCAAUAUAGUCACCAUCAACCCAAGCUCUAUGAUCAGCUUCCUUAACGCAAAGCUGUGAGGGUUGGUGCUGCCAGUUUUCUGGAGAAUCUGAUGAAUGGACAUUUUGUUUUUUGACAAAACAUGUGUUUAAAAAAAAGGAAAAAAAAAAGAAGUAAGCAGAUUACAAACUACUUUCAAGCAACUCUUUGUGUGUCAACAUUCUGUGUGGCAAUACAAGCAGUGGGCCUUUCUUCCCAGCUCAAGUCUCUUCCUUUCACUCUGUGCUUGGAAGGCCUCACAGUCAUCCAUAACUACAAUCUGGCCACCUGUGAAAUCAUUGCAUAAGAGAACCUUUUACUGCCCAAGAUUUUAGCAUAUAAUAAGAUAAAAGCACAAAACAAGGGGGUGUUUUAUCAAUGCAACUGGACUGUUGGACUCCAGAGAGCUUCUGCUUCAGAACUCCCUGAUCCAUACAUUGUGCCAAAAUCUGUUUCCUCUCCCUCCCAUUAAUUUUCCUCUUCUUCCUGAUCUUUCCGUUCCCCUACAUGUCCUCUGUCUGCGUUCUGAGACUCCUCCUGCGUCCCCAAGCCGCUCCGUCUGUCCUCCUUCCCUCUUCCUUCCCUCCUGCACUGUAUUCUCCCCCUCUUUCUCCUUCCUCUUGUCUUGUCGUCUCAUGGGCGAUGUGUCGGACGUGCCGUGGGUGGGAGUUAUGCACUACAGGUCGUAGGGGUAUGAAAAUGUUUUCCCGGGCCGCAGAGUUCACAAGGCUAAAAAUGCACAGAAAACACCUGCCUCCAAAACUGUGACACCCACCAAGACCAACCAGCAAACGUUAGCUCAAAAGUGUCAAAUUUUUCCUCAGCGGGAAGAACGAAGGAAGGUUUGGGGGAUAGAUUUGGCCUUUUAAAAGAACAGAAAAAAUUUUAGUUUGCUGUUUGUUUUGUUUUUGUUUUGUUUUUUUCAAAACUAAAAGGCAAAUCUUGGCAGAAUGAAUAUUAAUCCGAUGGCUGAGCUCGAGCUCUAAACAAAAUAUUUUGGACAGAAUGCAUAAGACACAUGAGAGAGAGCAACGUGGGAACUUGUUUGUGACCUCAAGCCGAAACAGUGACAUCCUUUAUGCAUAUCCUGUUAUCUGAAAAAUGACUAGAGCUCAUUUCUGUGGAAUACAAUAUGUCACGUCAUAUGAUCUAUAUGUACUUUAUUGUAGCUAUUCUAGUUUGUAGUCCAAAUGCAGUCCAGCGUUGUCAAUACAAUGUGAAACUAUGUUAUAUUUGUGUGGAUGAUGAGAGUGCCAACUAAGCCUGACUAAGAUUAGCUUCGCAGUUUGUUUGUGCAUUAUGAUGCCUCAUCAUCAAGCGGUGGUGUCCAUAUUUCUGUCACUGAUUAUUUAGUUUGACAGUAAGAAAAAUGUUAAGAAUAUUGGAAGCAAUAUAGUAGCAUGUUGUCCUGUUUUGUGUUUUAUGUCUGUUGUAUGAACCUUUGAAAUUACUAAGAUUUUGAAUGAAUAGGUUUACAUGUACUUCUUUUUGUAAGUUAUGAAAAUGCUGCUAUUUGAUAAGUAAACUAUACAAAAAUAUUUUAGUGGAAAAGAUGUCUGGUCUGUUGAUUAGAGACGUGCUCCGACGGGGUGGAGCAUUAAGCUGAGGUGUAUAGAACGCUAUACAGUAUUGGUAAGAUAGUAAAAGUAAUAAAUAAUAGACUCCAUAGUAUGACCUGUGCCAAACUAGACCUCCGCAGCUUCUGAAUUUGUAGAUGUGCGAUCAAAUGUUAGAUAUCAAUAACUUGUUUAGAAGUGCUGAUCAAGUGCCAAUCAAACACUUAUCUUUUAAGUUAAGAAAAGAUAAUCAAACACAUUACUUAAGAAAACAAAGGACAAAGAACUUUUUUGUGCAUUGUUUUAUCCCAUAGGUACAUAGAGUAAGAGUUAAAGAUUGUGAUUUUUAUGGAUCCAUGUUGUUUUACACUCCAUGCAUCCCUUGUGUGUUCGUUUGACCUGUGGCUUAAGUACCGCUGUUUUCUCACAAAUGUCUCUAUAGGCCAGCAUGGACUAAGCAUAACAUGUUAUAAGCAUCCAUAACAUAGCCAUUAACAAUCAAACGAUGUGUUUGUGGAGUUCGGUGUUAUCUUUUUGCACGUCUUCUAUUGCAUGGUAUCAAAGUAAAAUUAUGGAGGAAAAAAAAUGGGAAAAAAAAAAAGUCUAAAAAUUUUGCGAGGAGUCUCGCAACAUUCAGAGACAUAAACGCUGCAUGCAGUCAAAUGUAUAUCUCUUUGAGUUGAACUCACCUCAUGUUGAAACUGUUGAUCUUUAUGUUGUGAGUUGGGAGGGAGCUCAUUAUCGUCAUGUUGGCCCGAAAAGAAAAAAAAAAAGACACAAACAUGAACACGCAUCUGAGAUUGGAUUUCUCAUGGGUCGAAUUCAUCUCUCUAACAUCAUCUGAGAAGAUUUUGUUUUUAUCAUUUUUUUUCUUUCUUUCUUUCUUUCUUUCUUUCUUUCUUAGAUCCAGAGGAGGAUUACAAAUGUGAAACAAGCAAACGUGAAAAUGUUACUCAGUGCAUUGGCUCUUUGUGUUUUUUUAUUUUAUCACAGCUUGAAAGCCCAGAUCUAAUCUAAUGAAUGUACUCAUUUCUUCUUGUUUUCUUUUUAUUUAUUUUUGUAAAAAAAAAAAAAAAAAAGUUUCGUUUUUUUUUUGGGCGGGGGGUUUUGUUGAAUGUCUAACUGUCUUUAAUGUAAAUUCACGGCAGGAAUGUCAACUACAUGUAAAUUUAAUGCGUUUAAACAGCUCCGGUCAGGUAGGCCUCAGACGGCCGCAGUCAUGAACCAGAUAUGCGAACACAACUUCCGAUUCGCUGUCAACAUUUUCCUGUUUGUUUGGUGUUGCAUAAAUGCACUUUAUUGAUGGGUGGGUGGGAAAUGAGGCAAACCGUGUUGGCUUUCCACAACCAUGUUGUUGUCAUCCUUUGUUCUGAUUUAAAUUUAUUUUACAUUUUUUUCCGUGUUGGGUCUCGAGAAUGACGGGAAGGGCUGGAAUCUCAGACAAAAUAGAAAAGUAGCACCUGUUUCCUCUCUGUAAGGCUUUUCUGCCACAUUCCCGGAGGACUGAUCUCUACACUCGCGUCCACUUUGGUUUUAAAUCUCAAAUUAGGAUAUUUUUGUUUUGUUUUUUUUGUUUGUUUUCCCAGAAGAUUUGAAGUGAAGGGUAAAAGCUGAUGUUACAAUCAGAUCUGAGAGACAUCUUUGGCACCAGCAACACGAAGAGCGACUCUGCCGCCUCAAACGGAGGAAAACCACAAAGGAAAAGCUGUGAUUGGUUAAGGCCUGCUUGUAUCAAUGAUUUAUCCGUUUCAUCAUUGCGUGUUUCGCAUCUGAGCGCCAGACCAAUUGGCAGCGUCAUUCCAAAGGUGAUUUUUGUCAGUUUUGAUUUUCACUCCAAACGUGUUCUGGACAUUCAUCCCCCUUCACACGAAGGCCAGGACUAAUUUUGAAACGCUACAAAACUGGCUACGGCUGCUCACUCCUCUCUUUGAACCAAUUCUACCUGAGUCUCUCUCUCUCGCUCAGUCUGCACGAUACCACGAUUUGUUUCAUUACACCGAGAACCUGCAACUGUGACCACCCUUUAAACGGGUUAAGGCUUUUCUGGGGGGGGGGGGACAAAAGGAUUCUUUGCCAACCAGACAUGAGGCCAUUUCUGUGUUUGACCCUCAGAACCUCCCAUGGACUUUGUUGACCUUCUACAUCCUCAGAACUCAUGUGUGUGUUGGAAAUUGAACUCUGGAAGACUGUUCUGUUUUUUUCCUUUGACUGAACGCUUGCUUAUGUGUCAACGUAAGGGAAGCACAUUUGUACUUUGCAAAAGUUCUCAUGUCUUUAGGUUUUGGGAUUUGCUUUGACGUUUAACCUCCGUUCACUCCAUCUCAGACAAAAAUGGACUGACAGCAUAAGAUCAAAUAUUUCCGGCUUGAGCAGAGUGAUGUUUCGUUCAUUGGGUAUAUUUCUCUUCGAUACUACAAGCGAGAACGAUUCCGUCUUCUCUGUUGUGACAAAUGAGGAGAAUCUGUGAAAGUCCGCAGUGUAAGACUACCUAAAGGGCUUUCUCUGAGAGCAUUUAUACGAGUCUCUUGAAUGUGGUUUGGAAAGAAAAUGCCUUCUUGUGCCAUUGUAAGGGAGAAAAAAAAUGAGAAAGCUUUUUGUCAAUAAGAGUGCCAAAUAAUUCCACACUGAGCCAAAAGGCAGCCAGCCGUCGUAACUCUUGGAUCUGCGGGACGAUCCAGUUCCGGUUCCGCUUCCCUAUAAAAGGAAAAAAACAAAGAACAAAAAAAAAAAAACAUCACCCUAUUUGUGCAAUGUUGGAGCUGACGUACCAUUAUUGUUAUGCUGCCAGUCUGUUUUCUGCUUUGGUCAGAAACAUCUCAGAAGCAGGAUAUUUUCUAUAAAAAGAUAACGGCUACUACGGUGAGGGAAUGAGAGGAUUAAUUACUCGUCAUUGUUUCUGUUUGUUUCUUUGAGCAUCACUCAUAAUAGAUUUAACGGUAAUGACUAUUUAAUGUAACUGUAGUACUGUGUUUGUAAAAGAAAUUCAGUGAGUUGUGUUCUAUGACUCGUGGACUACCAGUGAAGUCAGCAUUUCAGUGUUAAUAAUUGAAUUGUUUUUUAAAGAUUAUUUUUGCGACGGCAACAAAGAGUCAUUAUAAAUGUUCAUUUUAACAUCA